AUGAUGGCAUGGCAUCGUUUACGCUGGUGUAUACGAAUGUUAAGAUCGAAAACGGGUCGAAUGAUUAUUAUGCUUAUUUUAACAGUUGGUAUAGCAGUAGCUGAAAUAGUAUACGGAAUUCGUAGUCGAUCCCAAUUACUCAUUGCCGAUGGACUCUUUUCAUUUGCUGAAGGUAUUGCAUUAGUUGGUUCGUUAGUUGCAUUACGUUAUGCAAAAGCAAAACGUUUACAUGCUAAAAAUACUUUUGGUUGGGCUCGAUUAGAAUUACUCGCUGGUCUUCUACAAGAAGUUCUUCUUUUAUCUUUAUCACUUUCUAUUAUUGUCGAUGCUAUUAAUAAAUUAAUUAAUCCAAAUCAUAUUGAAGAUCCAUCAGCUAUGAUUUAUUUAGGUUCAGCUGGUGCUUGUAUUGGUUUAUUAGGUUUAUUUUUAUUUCGUGGUUAUUCUCAUGAUCAUAAUAUUGGAGAUGAAAUCGUUGAACAGAAAAAAAAUGAUUUUGUACAAAGUGUUUAUACAACAUUACGAAAUCUUGAUAUGAAUCAUACAGAUAAUGAACAAAUUGUAAAUGAACAAAAUACUAUUAUAGUUAAACCUGAAAUUAUUAUUAAUGAAACAACAGUAAAUAUUAAUCAAAAACCUCGAAAAUCACAUGAUUUAGUUUUACCAUCAUUAAAUGAUACAUAUACAAAUGCAUUUAUUACUGCUGAUAUAACUCAAACAGAAACUAUUGAUACGAAAGAACAACGAUUAAAUGUACCAACAAGAAUAUCUAGUGGAUUAAAUCGAAUGAGAACUAGAAGUGGUGAAUCAACAGCCUAUUCAACAUUAAUGUUAAAUGAAGAGAAAAGUGAAUUAGAUGAUGAUUUUCAAGAAUCAAGAGUUUAUGCAACACUUCAUGCAUUAUGUUUACAUUCAUUGGCUGUCCUUCUAGAAUCAUCUAUUGUACUUUUUUCUGGUUUAUUAAAUAAAUUUAUCCCAAGUAAAGAUCGUUCUGGUCAACCAGUCAAUGUCUGGUUAAAAUAUAUUGAUCCUGCAUUAACAUUACUGAUGGUAAUAAUUAUCGCAGUUAAAGCUAUUCCUGUUGUUUGGUCUCUUGGUCAUAUUCUUGUUGAAGCUGUUCCAUCGGGUAUAAAUACUCGUCAAUUAAUUCAAACAAUUAUGAAAACAAUACCACAAAUACGUGCAGUACAUAGUGUACAUGUUUGGAGAGCCACAGCUCGAGAUGUAUUUGCAACGUUACAUGUUGUUUGUAAUGAUGAUUUAUCAUUAAGUACAUGUACAGAAUUAUUUGGUCGUCAAUUACAAAGAAUAUUUGAAACACAUUGUAUACGUCAUUUUACAUUACAAUUUGAAUAUAUCAGACCAGGUGAAAAUAUACAUAAAUGUGCAUAUGGUACUCGAAAACGACAUCGUGGUCAUCAAUCGAGUUCUGAAGAUAAUGAUAAUGUUAUUCAAUCACAGAUUGAUAUACGUGUUACUUCAAUUAAAACAAAUCAUAUUGUUCUUAAUUCAGUAGGAGAAUAUGUCUAA